AUUUAACACUGGGAUUCAAAGAGAAAAUUUUUGUACUAGUUUUUGUUUUUGUCUUAAAGACACUGCAUAUAUUGUAGAAGUCUGAGAAACAACGGUCUGUAGAAUUGUGGACAAUGUAUAUUUCACAGUUUGCAUUUGUGAAAAUUUAGUGUCUACGUUAUAAAACUGGUGUCCUGAAAGAAUUAAUUUAUUUUAAUCUCAUGAUCACCUUUAAUUCAUACUUUCUUCCCAUUAGAUCAUGUACUAUAAGAAUAAAGAGAAGUAGCGCCCACCGUCUCUGCUUGCUGAAAAGCUGCAGAGGCCGUCAGGAGCCCACGCACCUGAGACUUUUACCUUUACCCAAGAAAGGAAUAAAAGAGGUCAGACGAUGACAACUGUAUCCUCAACAGCCAGGCCCCAGGCUUUUGAGGACAUGGCUGUGUACUUCACUAAGAAGGAAUGGGCCAACAUGGCACCUGACCAGAGGGCCUUGUACAGGGAUGUGAUGAUGGAGAACUAUGAGGCUGUGGCCUUUGAAGUGCCACCUACUUCCAAACCAGUUUUGGUCUCUCAUCUGGAGUAAGGGAAAGAGCCCUGUUUCGCCCAACCACAGGGAGUCCUAAGCAGGAGGGACUGGAGAGCAGUCUUUAUAGGAUACUCGGAACUGAGAAGAUAUACUUACUUAGCUAAACCAAUAUUACUUAUAAUAAAAUCCAAACUUCUUCAAAAUCAUCAAUGCUGGGAAGACAGGAGAAAGGCUUAGUUCGUGACAUUCAAAUACCAGUUUUGCAAGUAAGGAGUUGAGGUAAGAGCCACCUUAAAUUAUGUUAAAUACACAUUUUCUUUUUCUGUAGACUG